AUGCCGGUUGAGUUUGCUACCAAUCCCUUUGGCAAGGCCAAAAAUGCAACUUCACUGCCCAACUACGGUACACCAGUAACCGCAAUUUCAUCCGUGCUGUUCAAUCAUGUGGACUCCAUUUUUGCUUACAAGUCCUUUUCUCAGCCUGAUUUACUAUAUCAAGACCUGAAAAAAUGGUGUGAAAAGAGUGGUGACGAGUCACGUGGUAAGACCUUUUUCCAAGAGCUAGAUAUCAGAUCUGGUGCUGGCCUGACUCCUUUGGGGUUUUCUCAUGGCCUGAAAAGCACUACUGCGAUCGUUGCUCCAGGGUUUUCACUACCGUAUUUCAUUAGCUCUUUGAAGACCGUUCCACACGAUGGUAAGUUUCUUUUGAAUGUUGGUGCUUUAAACUAUGACAAUACCACAGGUUCUGUCACCAAUGACUACGUGACCGCAUUAGAUGCUGCUUCCAAGCUUCAAUAUGGUGUUGUAACUCCGAUUUCCACUAACGAGGUGCAAAGCGUCGCUUUACUAGCAUUGGCGAUUGCAACUUUCAGUAACAGUUCUGGUGCUAUCAACUUAUUUGACGGGUUAAACUACUCAAAAACCGUCUUACCUUUGGUUGAAUCUGUUCCAGAAGCCUCCAUCUUAGCAAAAUUAUCCAAAGUUAUAGCUCCAAAUGCUGCCUUUGAUGAUGUCUUGGAUAAGUUUAAUGAAUUAUCUGGAUUAAGACUGCAUAAUUUCCAAUACUUUGGUGCUCAGGAUGCUGAAACCGUGUUUAUCACUUAUGGGUCCUUGGAAUCUGAAUUAUUUAAUUCCGUUAUCAGUGGCAAUAGCUCAAAAAUUGGGUUAAUAAACGUCAGAGUGCCAUUGCCUUUCAAUGUGGCUAAAUUCGUCACCCAUGUUCCAUCUACUGCCAAACAAAUUGUCGUUAUUGGUCAGAGUUUGGACGGUUCUUCUCCUUCUUUCUUGAGAUCCCAAGUUUCUGCUGCCUUAUUUUAUCACGGACGCACGUCUAUUAACGUCUCCGAGUACAUUUACCAGCCAAACUUCAUUUGGUCUCCAAAUGCCGUCAAAUCAAUUGUUUCAUCAUUCAUUACAAGCUUCACUUUCAACGUCAACUCACCAUCUGGCGAAGGGUUCAUUUAUUGGGCUUCUGAUAAAAGUAUCAAUAUUGAUGUUGCUUCCAAACUGGUGAAAGCCUUGUCUUUGGAAGACGGAAAAUACGUAUCUUUAAGAACAAAAUUUGAUAACUUGGCAAAUGCUGGUACCUUCCAAGCUCAGUUCGUUACCUCAGAGAAACAAGUAUCCACCUCUAACAUUGAUUCUACAAAAUUGGCAAUCGUGGAAAACGUCAAUGUAUUGAAAUAUUUGGACGUAGCUGCUACAGUCGUAGAAAAAGGUUCAAUCGCGUUAGUUUCUCAAAAAACCGUUAAAGAUUUAGAUCUGAAUUCUGUUGAAGGCUAUGUCAAGAAUUUGGGAAUUCCUGAAUCAUUUCUAAUUUCUAUUGCAAAGAAAAACAUCAGAUUGUUUAUAAUUGAUGCUGAAACCGUUAACGAUGAAUCAAAAUUGUCUUUUUUCAUUCAAGCCGUUUUCUGGAAGUUGGCCUUUGAUCUGGACGUCGCAGAAUCUACCAACCGUAUCUGGAAAAGCAUUGAUUCAGAUGCGGACGUUUCUGCAGCCUCUAUUUCUGAAUUCCUCACUGCAGCUUUUGAAAACUCCAUUAAAGAGGUUCCUUCUGCUGUGUACACAAACUUUUCUGAAAUUGUCAUUGAAAAGAAGGAAGAUGAAGAAGAGCCCACAGCUUUGCCAAUAUUCGUUAAUGAGACAUCUUUUGUCCCAAAUAAAAGUAGUAUUGAAGAAAUACCAUUACCUGAAACCUCCGAAAUCUCUGAUAUUGCCAAAAAACUAUCCUUCAAAGAAGCGUACGACGUUGAGCAUAAAUUAAGACCUGAUUUGCCUGUGAAGAACUUCGUAGUGAAAGUUAAGGAGAAUAGGCGUGUAACACCAGCUGAUUAUGAUAGAUAUAUUUUCCACAUAGAAUUUGAUAUUUCUGGUACAGGUAUGACUUAUGACAUUGGUGAGGCCCUUGGUAUUCACGCCAGAAACAACGAAACUUUGGUAAAAGAGUUCUUACAAUUCUAUGGUCUAAAUGAAUCCGAUAUUGUUUCGGUUCCUAACAAGGACAACCAUCAAUUAUUGGAGACAAGAACAGUCUUGCAGGCAUUUGUGGAAAAUUUGGACAUUUUCGGAAAACCACCAAAGAGGUUCUACGAGUCACUAAUUCCAUAUGCCAUUAACGAAGAUGAGAAGAAGAAACUAGAAGAUUUGGUCACUCCAGCCGGUGCAGUAGACUUGAAGAGAUUUCAAGAUGUCGAGUACUAUACGUACGCUGAUAUCUUUGAAUUAUUCCCAUCUGUCCGUCCAUCUCUUGAGGAACUUGUUACCAUCAUCGAACCAUUGAAGAGAAGAGAAUACUCUAUUGCUUCUUCUCAAAGAGUUCAUCCAAAUGAAGUCCAUUUGUUGAUUGUAGUUGUUGAUUGGGUGGAUAAUAAGGGUAGAAAGAGAUACGGCCAAGCUUCCAAGUAUAUCUCGGAUCUGGCUGUCGGUUCGGAAUUGGUGGUCAGCGUUAAGCCAUCUGUUAUGAAAUUACCUCCAUCUCCAAAGCAACCUGUCAUCAUGAGUGGUUUGGGUACCGGUUUAGCUCCAUUCAAGGCUAUCGUUGAAGAAAAAUUAUGGCAAAAGCAGCAAGGCUAUGAAAUCGGCGAAGUUUUCCUGUAUCUUGGUUCAAGACACAAAAGAGAAGAAUAUCUGUAUGGUGAAUUAUGGGAAGCUUACAAAGAUGCUGGUAUUAUCACUCACAUCGGUGCUGCUUUCUCAAGAGAUCAACCUCAAAAGAUUUAUAUUCAAGAUCGUAUCAAAGAAAACUUGAAUGAAUUGAAGACUGCAAUGAUCGAUAAUGAAGGUUCAUUUUACUUAUGUGGUCCUACUUGGCCAGUUCCAGAUAUCACUCAAGCUUUGCAAGAUAUUCUGGCUAAAGACGCUAAGGAGAGAGGCGUCAAAGUUGAUUUGGAUGCGGCAAUUGAAGACUUGAAGGAAGCUUCAAGAUACAUUUUAGAAGUAUACUAA